AUGCAAAGACCACAACAAGAAAUUCAAGGUACAAGUGUGGAUGACAAGUUUACUCUUAUGAUGCAAAGUAUGCAAGAGAUUUCAAAGACAAUGCAAGGGUUCAACCAGUUCCAGCAGAAAUCUGAGAUGGCUAUGAGAGAUGUGCAAAACCAAGUUAGUCAAUUGGCUAAUGAUAUGAAUCAACUCAAGGCACAAGCAACUGGAAAACUUCCUUCGCAACCAUUGAAUCAUAGGGAGAAUGUUAGUGCUAUUGAACUACGAAGUGGAAAGCAAGUAGAGAAACCGGCAGCAUCACCGGAGUUCCGUGAACGUGAUUUAGAGAAAGAAAUGGACGAAGCGGUCCCUAAAAAGGAUGAUUCGGUAACAAAUUCUAACUCUAAACCUCUAGUUUCUACUUAUGUUACUCCCCCACCUUUUCCUAACAGGUUUGCAGAGUCUAAGGAGACGUUGGACAAAGAGAUUUGGGAAAUCUUCAAGAAGAUCGAAGUGAACAUUCCAUUAAUUGAGACGAUAAGGCAGGUUCCUCGCUAUGCAAAGCUCUUAAAGGAAUUGUUUACAACAACUUUGCUAGAUUUAGGAGCAUCUAUUAGUGUCAUGCCUGCUUCAAUUUAUGAAUCUUUAAAUCUUGGUCCUCUCAAAAGUACUAUCAUAGUUAUUCAACUUGCGGAUAGAUCUAAUGUCUACCGGAAAGGGGUUGUUGAAAAUGUUUUGGUGCAGGUUAAUGAGCUUAUAUUUCCUGUGGACUUCUAUGUUCUUGAUAUGAGUGAUGAAAACUCAUCCUCGUCUACACCUUUGUUGUUGGGUAGACCAUUUAUGAGAACCGCUAGAACAAAGAUAGAUGUAUUUGAAGGUACCUUGACAAUGGAAUUUGAUGGAGAGGUCGUUCGCUUCAACAUCUUUGAGGUGAUGAGAUACCCUAGUGAUGUGCACUCAUGUUUUGCCGUGGAGGAAACUGAUGCUGGCUAA